CUUACAUACAUAUUUUCAUCCAAAUACCAACAUAACACUUUUGUUGUUUUUGUCAUUCGUCAGGUCUUAUAACAAAGUCUUAAAUGCUUUAGCAAAACUGAGAUUAUUUCUUUAUUCCGUAAUGUCUUUGAUUUUGUGCGUGAAGAUUUUACUCUUGUAAAAAUCACACGUAGGAAAUACUUUAUGGACAAUUAUUUAACAUUUCCCAUCAGUAUAAUAUAAAAGUAUAAUAGUUUAGAAUAUAUUUAAUAUAUUUUUAUUUUUACAAUAUUUGUUUCGAUAAUAAGUGCCUGGUGAUUUGGGCCUUUAUCAUAUUUUUUAAACGCUUCAAGAAUACCAAUCCGGAAUUCAAACUAUGGGUGGAAAUAAUUCCAAGGCUGAGCUCCGUGAAGGUGAAGAACAUUUGGACUUAAUUCACGUUCCAUUUUUGGAAGGGUCGCAUUUUGAAUCAUAUAAAUGGGGAAAAGUACACGAAUUACUGCAUACCUUCCGACCUGGUGAUUUAAUCGCGGUUUUUAGAAAUCCGGAAGUGAAACACUUUACCGUCUGCUUAACGGAUGGCUGGGUAAUUCAUUUCUACGCCAAGGGACGACAAGGCAGCAAGGCGGAUACAAUGGCAAUUUUUGAGUAUUUGGUCAACAGCACGAUACUUGGAAAUAAGGACUCCACCGAUAAAGAGGGUGUGGUAGCAUUGGAGAAAAUCAAACAUGUCGCUGGAUCCGAUUCUUGUGCCGUGGUGAACAACAACAAUCACAUGUACUUCCAUUUGUCCUUUACCGGGAAGCGACUCGUACGACGAUCAAACGAAGCCAUCGUCCAAGCCGCAAGGGAUGCCUUUGAUAAAGCCAAGUCUCACGGUGCCCCAAAAUACAACUUGAAGUUUUACAACUGCGAGCACUUUGCGAUGGAGUUGAGAUACGGGGUGGCAAUGUCCGUCCAAACUGGAGACUUUAAUGGAUCCGUUCCAAAGGAUGAUUUGUAAACCGGAAGUUGCUUACCUUUUCUGGAUGUAUACAUAUUUAUCUGAAUCAUGAAGCUGUUCCAGAGCUAUUUUUUGUUAUUGAAAAUAUUGUCAACAUAUCAUUGCCAAACAUACAAAUGUAUUGACAAAAUUCGGGUACAAUUAAAUAUAAUUGAACAUACUUAUUCAUAAA